AUUUGAGACUUCGCAGCAGUGAAAUGCACGAAAACAUACUUCAAAAAUUAGUGAAAUUCGGGACUUUGCGUUCGUGUUUUGUUUGUCAAUUAGUAAAGUUUUUGUGUUGCCUUACCCUUUAAGGUGUCUUUGUCAUUGACUACUUGUCCUGCGGAAGUAAAGCUUGGAUCACUAUGAAACAAUAAAACUAAAUUAAAAAGUUGUACAUUAUUAACGAUUAAUUGCUUGACGAAUUGCCCUGCAUGCAUAUUUAGCACUUUCGUAGUUGUAAUGCGGAAACGUAGUGGCUUGACAAUAAACUGUAGUAUGUAUGGACGACCAUUUUUUUAAAAUUGAUAAUACGGAAAAUUUAUAAAACCGUCGAAUGAAACAGUAUGAAAUCCCUCUGGCUGUUCUUCGCGCGGGUCACUUAAUUACCCAGCCUUUUGCAGCAGAACAGAACCAGUGACAGUUAGUAAAUGAUAGUGUUCUUGUCUAUGUCCCCUUAAAGACCAACGCUUUGUCUCACACACUUGUGACAAUAGCUGAGCAGGGGUCACUUAACAGCUUGGUGUCUAUGCUAAUGACUGACAGGGGAGAUGGCAGCACGUGAAAAAAAGCCAGCUGCAAGCAAACAGUUGGGAAACCGUAGAGAUGCUGACAGUAGCAAAACGUCGUUGACAGUUUCGACUAUAAAGAAAUUUAAUAGUUUGGCUGAUGCAAAGAAGGAUCUGCUGAAGCUAUCGGAGGAUGUAGCUUCAGCCACAAAGAAACCAAUACCUGGAGCAUUCGUACGGCGGAGGAAAAACUCUGUCGCCUCUGUUGCUGCUUCGGAGCCAGGGGUCGGAACAUUGAAUUCAAAGAAUUUGCUGACAAGUUCUUCGAAGAUUAACCCCAGGGUGGUUGCUAAGAAAUCUGGCAUUGGUGGCAACAAGAUCACGCGAAUAGGUGCCGACUCUCUGGUGACCAAUGGUGUUACCUAUAAAUCGCCAUAUGGGAUGCGAUCUGAUUCCAAAGGGCUGCGUAGUGGAAAGCGUCGAGAUGGGAAAGGACUUAUAGAAUUUGGUGAACGGCCGCUCGAAUACAGUCUCAAGAAACGACGCAUAACGGUCGGUCCUACAUCAAGUGCCAGCGUACCGACUUCUGCAAAUACCACACCAUCGCAGACUCCGCCGGGAACACCAGUGGUGAAAAGUGCUCCAAACUCGGAGCCACCGCAGCAGAGUCGGCCGCGCCUGCUCUUGACUGAACUGCCCAAGACGCAACCCCUGAUAUCGUUCGAUUCCCCAUCCCAGUUCCUGCGGCGCAACAGUGACAGUGUGGGAGGCGGCUCUGCCAGCAGCCCAGCAGGCACCGAGGGUACUGACGGGGUGGGGGUGGAGGUAGACGGGCCAGACCCUGUGCUGGGGCGCGCCAUCUCGAGCAAGAUCACGGCACUGAUCAAGCGCAGCAAGGCCACCGCCAUCCUGCAGAAGUUCAGUGAGAUGCGGGCCGAGCGUAAAGCGGCCGAGGCCGCUGCCACGCAGCUGCAAGCGAAGGCCGGCGGCUGCAGCUGCAACAAGCCGGUGGACACAAAUUCCAACCUGUGUACCGAAAAUGUCAAAAUGAAGGAGGACUGUCCCAAUAAAAACAUUUCUCCUGUGUCCCGUGGCGCAGUUGCCAAAAAGACUGUAAGUGAGGGGCAGAAAACUUCAAAUUUGGUGGACCAGAAGUCAAAUGCUAAAACGGAAGGUAAAAAUGUUUCAAAGUCACCAGUGGCAGUAAAGGAAGUUAGCUCUAAAACAGAAAGUAAAGAUGUUCCAAAGACACCAACUACAGUAAAAGAAGUGACUCCUAAAACAGAAGGUAAAAAUGUUUCAAGGACACCAGGGAUAGCAAAGGAAGAAAGUGCUAAAUCAGAAGGUAGAAGCGUUUCAAAGACUCCGGUGACAGUAAAGGAAGCAAGUGCUAAAGCAGAAGGUAAAAGUGUUUCAAAGACAACGGUAGCAGUAAAAGAAGCAAGUGUUAAAGCAGAAGGUAAAGAUGUUCCAAAGACACCAAUGGUAGUGAAGGAAGCGAGUGCUAAAAUGGAGAGUAAAGGUGUUCCAAAGAAAGCGGGUGGCGGUAAAGGAAGCAAAUGUUAA